AUGGAUUCUCUUCCGGUCGAAACCUUCCAGCUUGUCUGUUCCUUCUGCAGCCUUCAUGUCCUCGCCAGCCUCCGCCUCAUCUCCAAAGGCUUUCGCGACUGUGUCGAUGGUUCCUUAACAUCCCGCAGAGCGCACGCUAUGCCUGCAGGAUCCAUCACCCCUCGAGGAAAGCAUGACCUCACAGCCUGCUAUGUCCGCAUCACCCUCAACCGUCAGCAUGACCCUCUCACAGUAGUGUUCAAUCGAUACGAUAUUCGACAUAAUUACCUGGAGUUUAUUCAACAGUCUGAACCUGCUGCGGUCGACGGCGACGGGCGGCCAGGAGGUGGACCAUCUCCGAGGUCCGCGACACUGGGACCGGAUGGUGGCCCAAUAUAUGAGUGGAGUGAGUAUACGUUGGGGAAUCUGGACCUGAAUAUCUGGGAGGAGCAGCGACUACAACAGGCCGCGUCGGCUUCUUCAUCGGGGACGCCGAGUGGCCAGGGCACCACGGCGACCGAGACAGUGGGUGGAGGUAGGGGUCGUAGGUCGAGUAUUACACAGGCUGGUGUGAUUCAAAGCACAGAGUAUCAGAUUCAACAGGAGCUAGCCAGGCCUGGACCCAUCACGCCUCUAUCCCAGAUGCAACCCGUCCGCAACGUCUUUUCUUCUGCGCUUGGUACGUCUUCUCUGUUUUCGACAAUGGCAGUGGGAAGCACUACAACGCCUCAGGAGGGGUCACAACCAGGCGAAAGUUACAUGGCGCAGUUCACUCGCAGGGUACUGGGACUGACUGGGACAACGGGACCACAGAAUGCACGAACGGGAAUGGGGAUGACGGCCGCAGCCCUCGCAGAGGAGGCACGUCAGUUGGUGCAUACGGUCGGGCAUGUAGUCAUGGCGUCGAAGAAGCAGUACAAGUUCAUGUUAUCUAAGGGUGUUCAUUAUAUUGGGGAUCAGGACUUUAUUAUGAAGUACACGAUGGUGUCAGACCAGGAGAACGAGAACCCGUACCAGCUGCGCAUGAAGGUCGAUUAUAUUCGCGUGUCAUGGAAGUUUGUGACCUCGGGUUUACCGCUGCCGAUCAAGCCAAGGCAAGUGGGUGCGGUUGCGACUAGAAGGAUGGAGGAGGAUCCGAUUGCACUGGAGGAUCCGUUUCCACAGGAGAGAAUUGGACGGAUUUAUGCCGAGCGGUUCAAUAGAUUGGCGAGUGAGGUUAGGAGGCGGGGUGUCAGUCGGCAUCUCCGGGGCGAGCUAGCGAUGAACGGAUUCGAUGUUUCGGUGCUCCCUCGGGACUUUAUCUCAGUGAAUCUUCGUGCAGGGCCGGUUCUGGAGUGGAUUACUCGGACGGAUUGCAAGGAUCACGAUACAAAGGAUGGAGAACUGAGACGAACAGGGGUUCUGUUGAAGGAGCAGCGUCUUGAGGGUGCCAAUAGGGUCGUAGGUGAAACUGACGACAAUGACUGCUCGGAUAUGGAAUGGGAAGACUUGGCGCCAGGGUCCAAAGCAGACAAAGAAAAAGGCAAGGCGGCUGCUGCGGCUGAGAAGGGGCCGGACACUAUGGUCGAAGCAGACGAGGCGGAGGAUGAGGCAGCACUGGAGCAGCUGCUGGGGCUCCUGAAGCAAAACAUGGGGCUCCUAAACGCACGCAAUAUUUUGGAGGAAAUGCUGGCGCACGAGGGCUUCUCCCGAGAGCUGAUCUGGAAGUAUGGGAUUGUGCGACGAGAGCUGAUGGGGCCUGUGCCUGAGAUUACGCAGGCGAGGCUGUUGCUGAAGAAGGUCACGGACAGCGAGGCCGCGAGCCAGGACUCCACCGCCAUCCCACUGUUCCCGACAGCCCUUUGA